GGAGACUGACAUAUGCAUGACGCAUAUUACUGAAAACAGAAACCAAGAAGCUAAGCUUGCUUCCCUGAUCAAUCAAACGACAUAAUCAAUCCAACUGCCCCAGUUUCAGUAGACCCAUCUAAUUCAUCGACGAUCCUGACGUGGCUCAAUCAUAUUUGGGCAGUGUGAAUGUGCAUAGGAACAAGGAAGCAUGAAAUCAGCCACCAAAUCCAUCUCAUCUCACCUACCGCACCAGCUUGCUGAGAUGUCCAUAGCUUUCCUUUCACUUUGUUCGAGCCUAUUUAUACUUUAUUUGAUUCUUACGACCCCAAAUCCAUCUGCCCAUCUCUCCUUCACGCCUAACAUAACCACACUGCUCACAAAAGCAGACAUUUUAAACAAAUGGGUAGCCUCGAAAAUGAGAAAACUGUAGUGGGAUGGGCGGCCAGAGACCCCUCUGGAGUCCUGUCACCUUAUACUUACACUCUUAGGAACACAGGAGCUGAAGAUGUUCUCAUCAAGGUUAUUUGCUGUGGAAUUUGCCACUCUGACCUUCAUCAAAUCAAAAAUGAUCUCGGCAUGUCUAACUACCCAAUGGUUCCAGGACAUGAAGUUGUGGGAGAGGUGAUUGAAGUGGGUUCUGCUGUCACCAACUACACUGUUGGCGAUGUAGUUGGCGUUGGAGUUAUCGUCGGAUGCUGCAGAAACUGCCGCCCGUGUAACUCGGAUAUCGAGCAAUAUUGCAACAAGAAAAUCUGGUCUUACAACGAUGUCUACACUGAUGGCAAGCCCACUCAAGGUGGCUUUGCGGAGUCCAUGAUCGUUGAUCAAAAGUUUGUAGUGAAAAUACCAGAAGGGAUGGCACCAGAACAGGCUGCGCCACUUUUAUGUGCUGGUGUGACUGUGUACAGCCCACUGAGUCACUUUGGACUGAAACAAAGUGGACUAAGAGGAGGAAUAUUGGGGCUUGGAGGAGUAGGACACAUGGGGGUGAAGAUAGCCAAGGCAAUGGGACACCAUGUCACUGUGAUUAGCUCUUCUGAUAAGAAAAGAGCAGAGGCUUUGGAUCAUCUGGGUGCUGACCGGUACCUGGUCAGCUCGGAUGCAACUCAAAUGCAAGAAGCGGCUGACUCACUUGAUUACAUAAUUGACACUGUGCCUGCUUUUCACCCUCUUGAGCCCUACCUUUCCUUGUUGAAGCUUGAUGGGAAGUUGAUCUUGAUGGGUGUUAUUAACACUCCCCUGCAGUUUGUCACCCCUAUGGUUAUGCUUGGGAGAAAGACAAUAACAGGGAGCUUCAUUGGGAGCAUGAAUGAAACAAAAGAAAUGCUUGAAUUUUGUAAAGAGAAAGGAUUGACUUCCACAAUUGAAGUUGUGAAGAUGGAUUAUGUGAACACAGCAAUCGAGAGACUCGAAAAGAACGAUGUUAGAUAUCGUUUUGUUGUGGAUGUUGCAGGAAGCAAGCUUGAGCAGCAAUAGAAAAAAAAAAACCAUUCUAAAAACCCCUUCAACAAAAAUAUACUGAAAUUAAUACAUGUUGAAUGUGAAUCUGUUUCCAAUUUGCCCUUUUUUGUUUGUUUCUGCAUUUGUUUUGGAGAUGCUGUGUUCUUCCGGUAAUAAAUUGAUAAGAAGAUGAGGUGGUGUUCUCAGUAAGCUACCUUCAAUUAUUGUCAUUGAAAUUUAUAAUGUAUCUAUCUGGGUGUGGGGCCUCUGAGUGUUAAA